CUUCCUGCUCUCAUUCCCUAUUUGCGUCAUUUUCUACCAUCGACCAGAAAUGACAGGAACCGUCCCGACCAACCUCGAUAUCUCGGACACCAAGGUAACAGACUGGAAAUACGUUGCCGAAGGCGGCGCCACCAUCGUCUUUGCCUACAUUGGACCUCUGCACCCAUUCUUCACUGGAACAGUCCUUCGUCUCCGAAAGAUCAAGCAUCAUAAAUCCCAUCCCAAUGAUCCUGAGAAACCAACUGUAUCUCCGAGUUCGUUUCAUGGGAGAGGUGAAGAGGGAAUAGGGGCAGAGGGAGAGGGAGCUGGAGCGCAGCAUGCAGAAGACGAAGAGCCGGAUGAUCCAAUGAUUGCAUUCCAGGAGCAAGUUAUCGGAAGGCUUAUACCUGAGCAGUUCUUGGUAAACCUCAGAGUCGUGAAGUUGGAUCGAGAGUGGUUAACAGGGUUUGCCGACUAUCAUGAUGGACCAGGAAUCGAAGAAUCCGGUGAGGAAGGCGGAGGAGGUGCACGUCCCGCAUCGAGGAAGAACGUCGACGGUAUUGAUGUAGGCAGGCAGAAGGGUGUGUUGGCGGAUAAUUUGGUUGGUGGAGAGGGGAUGUGCACGAUUGAGAUCAAGCCAAAAUGGGGUUUCCUUCCCUCUCCGACUCACCUCUCCGAUACAACUCUUCCCAUCAAAUCUCAAACCUGCCGCACCUGCAUGCACAACUCCCUCCGCCUCUACAAGGGCCACCCCGCCGCAUCCAACUUCUGUCCUCUCGACCUCUAUUCCGGCGACGAAAGCCGCGCGAGGAGAGCGCUGGAGGGGUUAUGGGACGAUUGGAUGCGGAGCGAAGGGAAGAUCAAUAAUCUGAGGGUGUUUGCUGAGGGUAGAGUUGUCAGGCCUGGGGUGGAGGAUGACAUGAGAAAGUGGGCGGAAAAUAUGAUUGGUUGGGCAGGUAUGGGCUAUGGUGCCAGCGGCAGGAUGGACAUCUGGACCAUGAAGGAGCAGUUCAUGAAUCUUUUACUUCCCGUUAUACUGGCCACACCGGUCUUCCGACUUCUCGCCACACUCCAGCGCACACUGGAUCCGCUAGACCGCGAAGGCUACGUCGCCCUCCGCCAAUUCGUUCAAUCGACCACCUCCACUGAGGCUUCCGCCUCGCCUACUUCACCGGAGUAUUCUGCUCUUCAGGCUACGGAGACCGAGCCCGAUCUCAACGAAUGGAGGUCAUUCGUGGAUGCUUACCUUUCCGCUCAUGAUGCGAUGGAUCUUCACUCGCCAACGUCGUCAAUGGAGUCGCUGAGAUAUUAUACGUUGGCGUAUAUGCUUUCUGCGACUUUCAAAGAUUGCUCGGUCGUCGUCCGGAUCCUUCCGCCCUCUCAAUCAGUCUCUCUUCCUUCUUCGGCGACGCUCUCUCCACCUCUACAAUCCUCGAAUACCACGGAGGCCUCUGAGAAGACUAUCGGUGGUAAUGGGGGCAUGGAGAGAAUGGUGCAGGUGAAAGUGAUUGAUUUGGACCCGAAGACGGUGAAGAAGAUCACGCAAUGGGAAAGGUUGGACGAGGAGAUCGUGGAGGCAUAUGCGAAUGUGCCGGUCGAUGAGCGGAAGGUUUGUCAGGACUUCAUUCGGUGAGGUCUGCAUGGUAUAGCUUUAUCCAACGAUGUAUUAUGUUCACAUUUUUGUAUCUCUCAUUGACUUCAGAGGCUUAUUUAUGAGUAUCUACGAGACUUUGCAACUGAUCCGUGUCCCUGUGUGCAUGUGUGCGAUCGUUUCCAUGGGCCACAAAGUUCCAGAGCGUGCAUGUGGCGGCGAGCUUGCGAAUCUAAGCGCCGCUUCUAACCAUCAUAUAGGCGCGACACCCGUUCCAUGUCUUCUCCCAAACCGACUCCACCAGUACUUCACCCUCUAGUAGCAUGUCUACUGCUCAAAGCGUUCAACUGGAGACGGUCCCUCGCCUUGACCCAUCUAGUAAUCCCAUGCCAGCCUAUUUCAAACCAAUAGAGGACAGCUG